AUGUUAACCAGACUCAAAUUCCGGCAGGAUUUCCGGGUUAUAGGUAGAUUUCUAUCUGACAAACCUUCAGAUAGUGAUGGAAAGUUUAAUGAUGCUAAACCAAAGGAGUCUGACCCUCCAAAGAAAUCAUCAGAGUCUUCAAAGGAAAAAAUUCAACAGCUUCUGAAGCUCAUGAUGGCUGAGCCAAAGAUCAAAGAGAGUGAUUACAAAGACAAGUUUGCAACUGCACCGAAUAUACCAAGAAGACGCAAGCAAAAAGAUGAAAUAGAAAUCAAAACAGAAAAAAUAGAGGAAAGCUUGACAAAGGCAGCUGGUGAUGUUGCCCAAGCUAUUGGUGGUGAUGUGAAACAGACUGAAGCCGAGCUGUUGUCCAGGGUGCUCGGCAAAAUUAAUCAGUCUUCAACAAAUCUCAGUGACUUGCUUAUUGGCAUGAAAGUGGAUCGUUCUCAAGAACAGGAUGAUUUAACAAAGCAGGAAACCAGAGGGCAGCAAGUUAAACGUCUUGUCAGUAAGACGAAGCAAGAUGUCCAGCAGACUCGGUUUAUACAGCGGAAAGAUAGACAGCCUUCAGAACAACGCCCCAAUCGGGGAGAGUUCAAAAGAAGUGUAUCAGCAAAAUCUCCUGCAUUGACCACUGUGGAUAUAUUCAGUGGACAGCCAUUGGGGAUUUUUACAAAACAAGAGCCUAACUAUGGCACGAAGCUAGACGUCUGGGAGAACUUGAAACAACGUGAAUUGACUCUGGCAACUGCUCAGCCUCCCGCUAACUAUUUCCAGAAAAUGAUCUUGUGGACUGAACAAGGGAAAGUCUGGAAGUUUCCUAUCGAUAAUGAACAAGGUUUGGAGUCUGAAAAAGACGUUCACUUCUCUGAGCAUGUGUUUCUGGACACUCAUUUAGAAGGAUGGUGUCCGAAAAAGGGUCCUAUUAGACAUUUCAUGGAAUUGGUCUGCGUUGGUCUGUCUAAAAACCCUUUUUACACAAUCCAGGAAAAGAAAGAACAUAUAAUGUGGUACAAAGAGUAUUUCGAAUCUAAGAAGGAUUUACUCAGUGAAGUCGGCGCUUGGAAUGUAAAACCGGCUAGUACUGAAGCCACACAAAAUUAA